GUACGAGAAAUCGAAUCUAGUAUGAAAACCGCGGAUUAAUUUACAAUGUCUAUAUGUCGCAAAUUGUCACCAGUCAGUCUUUGCGAGAACCGGGAAAACUAAAAAAAAUUGACAAAUUUGUCAACAAUUCCUGUCUUAUACGCUAUUAUGGAGCAUAAAUUAAUCAUAUUAGCAUGUCGAAAUAUAUCAGAUGAAGAAAGAGCAGAAUUGCUGUCUGUUUAUGAUGCUGGAAGGAGCUGCAGAUCUUUUAACACAACAGUGCUCUCACCUGUACAGCAGGAUUUGGAAGUGGAUGUUAAUUGUUGGCUGAAGACAAGACAGCAACUAGGUGAUCGUCUAAAUACAUUGGACAGGAAUAUGGAAUCAAGUGAACAGACAGACCUUCUUGCUGACAAUGUCCAUAAAACUGUGGAUUCUUUGCCAAUUCAAGGACAAAUAGUUAAUGUGCUAUGGUUCUGUUCAGGCGAUAUUCCAAUUAGUAAGCAUUUUGGUUUGUUUGGAGCAUUAAAGCGACUUGUGGAAUGGGAAAAUGCAAUGGUGUACCUUGUUCCUCCUCUCGAAGGGAGGUCCUCGAAACACAGAUGGACCAAAAGUCCCAGUAGAAUCAAAAGUCCCAGUAGGAUCAAAUCCCCUUGUAGGACUAAAAGUCCUGCUAAAGAAGCAUCAUUUACGCAGCAAGCCAAACCUUGGCUAGAUGCGUUGAAGGCUGACAUGCUUUAUGGACUUGAUAAUAAACUACAUGCAAUUAUUAACUGCACAUGGAGAGGCUGUAUGCUCAUACCUGAUAAAAAGAAUAUGAGUCAGAUGGUGAUACCUGGAUUGAAACUGCAGCAAAUCAAUGAUACAACAGAACAACAAAAUGAUUUGGUUAAAGAUAGGCUAGCUGGUAUGUGUAUUUGGAGAUAUAUGGAGUAUAUACAUGAAAUUGAUAUGUCAACUCUACCACUUUACCUCAUUGCAGCACACAAAUAUCAACUAUGUUUAUCAUCAACUAAAUGUGACAUGGAGAAAACCAAGGCUUUUGUGAGGCACUUCUCUGAGAAUAGACAUAUUGGCUGCAUAGUACGGCUCCAGUACAGUAAGGAUGUGUUCAUCCCUAAGAAGAAUGGCAAAAUAGGAGAUGGUGAAUACAAUACAGUGGCUUGGUUGAAACAAAUCGGAAAGAAUGUCGGCAACAUAUCAGUGGAGGUCAAAAUGGAGACAGGAAAACAGAUGUGCCAUCUAUUACUACAUGCAGGAACUAACUCGGACUCAGGUGUAUUACAAGCUUACAUGCUUCAUUCCCCAGACAGUAUUAAUGCAGGUUUUCUUAAUGACGUUAUCAUGCAGGAUUUGCGUCAACCAUCUUCCAAACAAUGCCAGUGUGCAAAUAUGAAAGAGCGUGACCUCUCAGAAUCUCAAAUUAAACUCAAGGAAGGAGACCAGUGUAACUGCCAGUGUUCAAUAGGGAAGGACACUUCAUUGAAUGACAAUAUUGGUUCUUUACCAUGUUUUGAUGGAGAUAUUUUUGUUGCUAUGGAGACAGAGAUAUAUGAUUUACAGAAGGAGGUUGUCAAGAAAUGGAUUGAUUGCCAAGGUGCUGGUAAUGUUACCGAGGUAGAUGCAGUAAACAUAGCCAACAAAGUGAGGGAGUCUAUUUACACAAGAUAUACAGAAUCCCUACCUGGUACCCAGUUAUCAGAUCUUCCUCCUAGCAUUAGGCCUAUAAAAACAGAGUUAUCUAUUGACCAAAACCACAAUAUGGAGAGAAGAGCACUUGCUUUCUACGAACAACUGAAUCGUAAGUUAGCCCGUACAAGGUCAGGAGACACCCUAGUUCCUCCAAGCCCACCUAAAGGUGACGCUGCUAUCUACCUCGAGGCAAAGGACUUAGUACGAAUGUUCAAUAAAGAUGGAGCUGCAGCACGUCGUUCUAAAAAAGAACCAGUUGCGAGUCAGUCCAAUGGUGCUCAAUUCCCCAAAGUAGACAGUGCUGAUGCUAUAAGAAGUAACUGGCCCGACAGUAAAGACGCAAACUACCAUGGCAUAUAUUAUUACAAAGGCAGUGAAACUGAUGAAAUCCAAAAACAAACUAUUGAGUCUCGCUUCAUCAGAGAUGAGUUCUCCACAACGUGUAGCUACCUUCAGGUUAACUCCCCCGCAACUCUCGCUGCCUUGACCGGAACUGAGAAUUUACGCAGGUCACCAAGGAAGAGUUUAACAAAGAAGGCUGUUGAGAUCUCAAAGAACACCAGAAAAGGUGCAUUAAAGUCACCUCCAAAGCUAGGAAAAAGUUCAAAAUAUGAUAGGCGUAUGUCCCCGAGAAAACCCAGAAAACACAUCUCACCAAAAUCUAAAUCUCCCAUGGUGACACAAAACAGAGGCAAUGUAGAGGUGAAGAAAGGAGUUCCUGAAAAGGCUGAAAAGAAUGUUAAAAUAGAUGAAGAUCUCAGUAUGAAGACAGAGAAGUCCACUACUGCACAACUUAAGUCGGCAAGAACAUCAAGAUCAGAAAGACAUAAAAAGAAAUUAUUGGAGAUUGUUGAAGAAGUACUGAAGGAAAAUGGUAUUACUAAACAAGACAAACUGUUUGCUAGAUGUUCCCAGAGGUUAUACACUACAACAAAGAUGUUUGUAAAGGAUCUGAAGACAUCACAUAACCUUUCAACUGAGAUGAGGAAAAUUGCAGAAUCUCAAGUCCAGACUGUCCUAAUGUUUGAACAGAGACAUACCAAGAAAUAAGGCUUCAGUUAUCAAUAACACAAUAGUUCAAGAAUAUAAGGACUCUGGAAAUGAAUCAAAUGAUAAUGUACUGUGAUAUAAAGAGAUGGAAGAAUACAUGAAUAAAAAUUCAUAAAAAUUACAAAUGAUUGUGUAUAUAAUUUUACAAUUUUAAAUUCCAAAUGUGUUUAGUAGAGGAGUGAGGAAUUUAACCAGCUGGGAAUGUCUCUUUAUUUUGAUCCACUAUGGUUUUUAUGUCACUACCAAAAAGUGUUGACAUAUUGUUAUUGUCUCCAUUUUUUGUGACGGUGGUUGGUGAUUGGCGUUUGUAACAAAUUCUUAACUUCCAAUAACUUAACAAAUACUGUUCA